AACUUUUUGCUCGAUAUGAGCUGUUAGAUGGCCCCAAUGUGUGCACAACUGCACAUACUUUUAACAUACUGAAUCGUGUUUAAUCGUCCUGUAGCCUAUUAAAGCCUUUCUGCUCGAUAGAAGCUAUACUGUUUAAUAUGUAAAUAUGCCUAUAACACCAUAUACACAUACAAAUUUGAAAAGUUCAUGUCCCAUGUCCGAUGUCUGAGGGGGUUGCCUUACAUCCUUUUCUUUUAUGCCCGCGUCUAUGUAUCGAUCACAUCAGUCAUGCCGUGUGCGGGAAUCUAUCACAAUGGUCUGGGCAAGUAUGCUUUUUCGUAGGCUAUCCAUUCGAAGGUUCUGUUGUUGCAAGUAUUCAAAUAAAUAACAUCAGAACUACUUCCCUUCUCAUAUAUGCCUCUGAUAGUAUACACAGACUUCGUCACUGUCCCUUUGCGUUACCUCAAGUACGCCAUCUCCUGUUAGUACUAUUCUUUUACAACCAGGACGGGUCACGUCAUACGACUACAGCACGUAAGGAAGCCAUUGUGUUUAGUGAUCGCAAAUCAUGAGUAGAUGUUUAGUCAAACCAUGUGCACCUGAAGUAAACUUGUUUGCACGCAUGAGUAGAUGCUUAGUUAAACCAUGUGCACCUGAAAUAAAAUUGUUUGAACGA